AUGUCGGAUAUAGAUGGUCAGAUUAUUAAUAGCAAACCAAAGCUUGUUAACGAUUCAAUGGAUAUUGACACUAUAAAUAAAGAUUAUGAUGGGACCAGUUCUUCCCGGCUAAAUGAUACUUCUUCUCAAAUGAUACAUGUUCCUACCGCAUCUGUAAAUAUUGUAUCGACAGAGAACCGAUCUGAUUUUGUUACCCAGCCUACCAAACCAGAAGAAAAGCAGGUCAACAGUACAAUAAUCUCCGUGACAGCUCAAAGUGUUUUUCAAUCGGUCGAAAAAGAAUGUACUGUUUCUCCUGAUAAAAAAGAUGAAUGUUCCAAUAAAGGGUUACAAGAAAACAUAGAAGGAAAUAUAGAUAAGUGCAAUUCUUCCAAACAGGAAACAGUGACAAAUGUUGAAUCUGUUCAGGAAGAUAUGGUUACUAUUCUAGAUGGAGGAGUGGUUGAAACCCCUCCGAGUUUGUUCCAAAAAGAUAUUGACGUGCCAAAUAACCAAAUGGAAGUGCAUCCAUCUAUCCCUGACAAUUCUAACACCUUCGUAUCCCAAUCCUCUGAGAAAUCUUUUGAACCUGAUCAUCAAUCCCCUUCAACAGAACUAGCCAAUUUAUCUAAAAUUUCCACUGAGCAAUUACCGCCUCAAUCAGGAUUAAAUGUUCAAAAUAACAAUAACAAGAUGGAUACCGAUGAAACUCCCAAUGCCCAAUAUGACAAAGAGUUCAGUGGCGACGUAGUUCGUACAAAAUCGGUCGAUAAUUUUGAAAACCCUCCUCCCCAAAAUGUUAAUGCCCCUGGGAAUCAAUUGCAUGGUGAUUGUGGUCAAAAUUCACAAACUGCUUCUAACACAAAUGAACCUGAAUCGUCGUCGUGGGAUGGAUCCUUUCAUUUAGAUAAUUCUUCGGAGCAUAAUCGUACCAGAGAAAAUCGCCGAUGGCGUGGUCGCCGCUCCCCAAGUUCUCACAAUGAUAAUGAUAGAUCUGAUCGUAAAAGUCCACUUAAUCUACCAAAAUUAUCGGACGCAGAAUUUCAGGCCUUACCAUCUGGCUCACGUUUAUUUCUAGGAAACUUAUCUACUCAUUCGACUUCUAAAAAAGAACUUUACGACAUUUUUUCCCCAUACGGAAAAACUUUACAAAUCUCCAUAAAGAAUAGUUUCGGCUUUGUUCAAUACGAUAACCCCGAAAGUGUAAAAAGAGCCAUUGAAAAGGAAAAUGGAUUAGAAGUGUCCCAUGGUAAACCGUGGCAUCACCCGCCAGCACAAGAGGAGGGAUCCAACAAGUCCUCGCCUGCCAACAGACAAGGAAAACAUUGGAAUCAGAAGGGAUAUAAAGAUAGUUGGUACCAAAAUGAUCGCGAUUACACCCCAACAAGAGGGAAUCAUGGUCAAUCACCAUAUCAAGAACGGCGUUACGAUGAUUACGAUCGCCGACCCUCAGAUUAUAAAUUUGAUCGACGUGCUUCGUAUGAUUCGAGGGGUAGUUAUGAUUACUCGGAUCAAAGAGAUUAUCGUCCCCCACAAUAUAAGGACGAUAAUGAGUACAGGCCUCGGGAUGAGAGGAAAUACCGCCGUAAUUCAUAUCGUGAAGGUCAUCGUGAUGAGCGAUACACACACCGUUCAAAACCAUAUAAAGUUCCUUCUCGAGAUUACAUGGAAAAGAGACAGAGUCGUGAUCCUUAUCGCUCCCAAUCACAUGAUGAACCUGAUGACGAGUUUCCUUUACCUCGGAGACAGGGAAAUGACGUUCCGGAAUGUCAAAUCAUCGUCCUCGAAGAAGUUGAACGCAAUUUUCUCUGGCAAGUUGAAAGUUCUUUCCGCGAGGCAUCCGUUUCUGUCCACACCCUUCACCUUUCCCGCAAAGUUCAAAUUCAAGCCGUCAUCCGUCAGAUGAUUGUAGAAGGUGUUCAUGCAGUUGUUUUUAUGGAAAGACACCUCGCUUUGAAUGGCCGCGUAAAUAUGCAAAUUUUUGAUCAGUCAAGAUUGGGUGAUAAUGUCAAAUACGAUGAGUAUAAUAAUAUUAAAGUCGACGAAGCUGUCGGUCUCCUGUUAAGGACUCGCGUACCGCAACGGACAGGCGGUGAGCUUAGACCCCCAGAUAACUUAAUGAUUAACGGACAGCCAAUUAUUCCGCAAGCCCAGCAGCCCCAUUCAAUGGGUGGGCAGGUUGGUUCCGCAGGACUUCACUCCAUCUCUUUGAAUAACGUUAAUUUUGCUGCCCUCGCCAGUCUCCUUGGUACCCUUCAGCCCGCUGCUAAUCCAAAUCUCGGCAUUCAGCCAAUGUCGAUUAUUCCACCCGGAAGCAUUCAAACAUCUCAACCAGGAUUGUUGGCCCAACAGCAACCUCCAAAUAUUGACGUUCAACAAUUGCUCAGGCAGCUGACACCACAAAAUCCUGGGCUUUCCAAUCCACCACCUUACAUGACUGUCCCACCGCAUAUCGCAUCUAAUAUUGGUAUACCUCCCUCAUCUUUUAAUGCUUCACUGGUCGGUCAGCCCUCCAAUGUCAUAACUCCUAACCCCAUUUCACCCAAUGGACUACCUUUGCCUCAACAUCAACCUCAACAUCUCAACCCCAGCCUUCCACA